AUGGUGUCUACACAGAAAUGGUGGUCUUUGGCACUCCUACUCAUCGUUGUAAAUCAGGGACGGGGGCAAGCAACUGAUGUGGAUGUGAGGCUAUCGGCACCGAGUUGGGUGGCGAGAGGUGGGUCAGCAACACUGCGAUGUCUACAUCAAGUUCCACCCCAAUUGUUGUAUAAAGUGGAGUUCUUAAGUUCUGGAUCAAAGCUGCUUCAAUAUGUCCGCGAGCGGGUACCGCCGUACACAAACUACACUUUUCAUGGUGGAAAACUGAACAUGUCUCUUGUGACGGAAAACUCUAUUACUAUAGACAAUUUAGACCCGACUGCCUCUGGUUUGUACUGGUGUGAAGUUUCCCUUGAGACACCAAUCUUCACUGCUGCCUCACCGCCACAUCAACUAACUGUCGUAUAUUCCCAGAAGCAUCCUCCGAUAAUAACAUUCGGGAAGCCAGAUGUCGUAGUUGGAGGCUUACUUCGAGCAAACUGCACAAGCGCCCCAGCUGCACCCGCACCUCGUUUAACAUGGUACAUAGAUAAUGAAAAGGUCCCUGAAGAAUCGAUACGAUAUUUCUCAUACCGGGUAUCCAGUUCCACAAGGAAUAAAGGUGGCAGUGGCUAUCGUCAUAGAAAACAUCAGCAUAGAUAUAUCGCCCCAGAAUUUAACUACACCGCAAAAUAUUGGGCUCUAGUAAGCGAAACUACAACGCACGCUCCCGCUAAUAUGACUAAACAAAGCAAGUGUACAUUAAAAGAUGGACAAAAUGAAGAUGCUGCGAAGAUUCGAGAAAAGCCAAGAGAAUUAGCGCCUCCACCGAUAUCUUUAUGGGUAUCCAUUGCUGAACUAAGAACACCAGCUCAUGGUCGUCUUCAAUUGACUUGUACCUCGACAAUACCUGAUGAAGUGGGUCCUGGGGAACGUUUUGCCGACGUGAAGAAACAGACAGUUACAGUUGCCGUAAACGAGCUGAGUUUGAAAAGACCACGUUCAGAGACAUCUUACGCUAACGCGACUUCAACAGGACUUCACCAAUUUCAGCCAAUUCUUCUUAUAAGUUGCGGAAUUCUUCUCUACGAGCUUCAACCUCAUUACUAA